UGAGAAUCCUCAGGGUACCUUGACUGGUACAUUAGUCCUCAGUUUACUUGUACCUGAUUCCAUGUAUGGGCUCAAUGCCUUCCCGUUGUCUUUUCUUUGUUGACAAGCCACCGCUCGCUUCGAAGCAUGAGACAGCUGGUCGGUGAAUGAACCGUGCCAUGAGUCAGAUACUUCGAGGAUUUUGCGUACCUUUUUGGAGACCACCUACUUAAGCCUAUUUUAUUUUCAGUCCCUCAAAUCCCCACAUUGCCAGUAAACCCGAAAUGUCGCUUCCAUCAGGCCGCAGGAAAGGGCCCCGGAAACAUGCUCGGCGUCGAAAGACUCGCGUCAAGAAUGGAUUCGCUUCACCUAAAUCGCCUCAAUCUAUUUUAGCCGAAGUACGAAGAAAGACCACUUCGAAAGCGCGCAAUCAGGGCGGACUUUUCGGUACUACGGGCAACCCUGAUGCCAACACCGCAAGAAAUUGUGGUAAUCAACAGUCAUUAAAAUAUUCAAAGUUUGUUAGACUUCCUGCUUCGAUGGAACCUCUUGAAGAGAAUUGCUUAGAUAGGGAGCCCUUGCAGGACAACUAUGUCUUUGUGCCAAAGGGCGAUGUUUAUAUUACGCGGCACUGUCGGACUCAGACCAAAGAGUCCCGUCGGAUAGUCUACGUCGUCUAUGACAAUGCCGGAAAACGAAAUAUUGGACUCCGCGUACCGAGAGAUGUGUACGCUGCUGUUCUCAAAUCCGCUGCAGCGACUGCCCAUUCGCGUGCUCAUGCUGUCAAGACACGAGACGAAAAGGACCUGUCGCGAGCUAGACAAAUCCUGCGCAACAAGUUUCCACUCAUGCCAGCUGAGUCCCUGGAGACUAUUGUUGAUCACGCUUUCCUGAAGUGCUCUGGACGAGUAGGAAGAACGACAAGGAAAACAGACGAACAAAAGGCCGAUUUGGCUGUGGAAGCACACAUCAGGCAUACGCAUACGCCUUACGAAUCCCUUCUCGACGCGGGAAAAGCACGGCAAGAAGCCAGACAAGCGGUUUGGGAUAUGGUGCAAGCCAUCAAAACUGCGUGGGAGGGUGCAAAGGCUCAGUCUACAGAUUCGUUGCCUAUGCGCAGUCGUGAUGAUGGUCAAAAAUCGACAAGUCCUGCUGACGACGUGAUCUGGAUUGAUUGACGGCCUCUCGAGCGCGAAGACUUUUUUCACCUGUCAUAACGGCCAUACGACAUUAACCUUGAUAGAGGGCUUUUUCGACCGGCGACACCCGAUUUUCAGCAAUGACCCUCAUGAUGAUAUGAGAAAUGAACGAUCUUAUGUAUCCUGACAUGC